UAUACCACUAUACACGUGAGAUAUCUAUCUAUGAUGUAUUUGAUCUAUGAUGUAUCGUAAAUGAUGGCUAGUAGUCGGAAGGUUAUUUUGAGUCUCUAUCGAAAUCUAAUUCGAGAAAGCAAAAAAUGGAAUUCAUACAAUUAUCGGAUGUAUGCUUUACGUAAAAUUCGACAUGAGUUUCAACAGAACAAGACUAUACAGGAUAAAGAGAAGAUCAAUGAAUGUUAUAAUAGAGGAUUGGAAAGUCUUCAAAUUAUUAAGAGACAAGUAACAAUUGGAAAUCUUUACAGUACUAGGCCAUUAAUUAUUGAAGCUAUUGAAAAUAAAGCUAAUUUGAAUUAACAAGAAAAAUAUAAAAUUUAUAUUAAGAUAGUGUAUGUAAGUAUAUUCCUAGUAAAUAGGGGGAGCGACAAAGUUUUAAAACUUGAAUGAUUAAAAAUUAAAUUAAUGUAAUUACAGUUAGUUACAUACAUUUAAGAUUUAUGUAUCAAUGUUACAAGUGUAUUGACCUGUAUGUAAUGGACAGUCUGUCCAAAACAUUCUACUAAGAUAAUUUAAUAAAAAAAUAUGUAUUAUUGA